AGGUCGCGGAAUUGUAUGAAUUAGUCAAAAAGUGGAACCAUGUGGUUGAUAGCCUCCCGAUGAUUGUGGAGCGGCUUUCGGAGCUAAAAGAAUUACAUGAAGAAGCAUCGGAAUUUAGCAGCACUUUAUCCUCCAUCGAAACCGAUCAAAAGUUGCUGGAUGAGAAUUUGAAGACCUACUCCAAGCUUCUGGAGGACGUUAAGAUCAGUCUGACUGAAAACAUGGAGAAUGUGGAAAAAAAUUUGAGCGCCCUGAAAGCCCGCUUCGAGUAGUGUGAUGGUGUUCACGACCUCCCAGCCAACUAACUGGAAAACAUUUUUCGCUUACCAACCUAUUUCUUACUCCUUUCUGCCAUUUCUUGCUUGUGUCGGGUAAUUCAUACUUCCUAACUUAACUUUUUCACUUGUAACAAAGCGAGCUAUUCAGCUGGAUUGCAGUGUGACUAGCAACCACCGAUGAUAACCUGUGUUCCUUCUCGAGUGAUGCGCUCCAGCUCACGCAUGCAAUCUGUUAGUAAACACCAGUGCUUGCGAACCUCGGCGGUAUUCAACUAACGUUCCCACAGGCAUCAUAGUCGAAGACGAUGAUACCGUUGCAACCAGCAGCUCGCAGUCAUGUUUAGUAAUACAAAUCGUACUGCAACAUUGAGUAUGCUAAGGAAGUCUACCGUAGCAACAGUCUGCUUAUGUUUAUACACUUAACGCAGCACAAGACCAUGAUUUUUGCUGAAUCAGCUGUGCUAAGGAUCAGAAAACGGGCCGCUCAAGCUGCUCUUUUGAUGAAACCUUUGCUUCGAAAAUGUUC